UAGCAGCCACUGUUGCUCUGGCUGCGCACGUGGAGACAAUACUACUGCGGCUGCGGUCCCACGCGCGCUCUGGUCCGCUUUAUGAUUACUUUUACCCUGUUGUGUCGCGAGCCCAAUGCUGUCUGCAGCUGCACGGUUCACUCCUUUUUCAGAGCCCUCGCGCGGACGAAGGAACGUUUUGUAAGCCCAAAGACUUGAGAAUGAGUCCCGCAUAACUCCGGGUAUUGUUGUUAUCUACCCCCUCCUUUCUCUCUUUCUCCCCCCGUCCCGCGCUCUCCAAGUUGAGUCGUUGUACAUAAGUAUGGUAGAUAAAGGCCCCUUGUUGACUUCUGCCAUUAUUUUUUACCUGUCCAUUGGGGCAGCAAUUUUUCAAGUCCUGGAGGAGCCCAAUUGGAAGCUGGCCGCAAAGCAGUAUGAGAAGCAGAAGAAUAAAAUACUUAAGGACUAUCCCUGUCUGACGACAGAUGAUUUGGAGAGAAUAUUAGAGGUGGUGUCUGAUGCUGCUGGCCAAGGGGUCACUAUAACUGGCACCAAGACCUUCAACAACUGGAACUGGCCAAACGCUGUUAUCUUUGCUGCCACUGUUAUCACUACUAUCGGAUAUGGGAACAUUGCUCCUAAAACGUCAGCAGGCCGUGUAUUUUGCAUCUUCUACGGGCUGUUUGGUGUGCCUUUAUGUCUUACCUGGAUCAGUGAGCUAGGAAAGUUCUUUGGCGGCAGAGCCAAGCACCUGGGCCAGUAUCUGACCAAGAAAGGAUUUUCCCUGAGAAAGGCUCAGUUUACCUGUACAGCUAUCUUCCUCCUCUGGGGUGUGCUGGUCCAUUUAGUCCUUCCACCUUUUGUGUUUAUGUCCCAAGAGGGUUGGACAUAUAUCGAAGGAUUGUACUUCUCAUUUGUCACCUUGACCACAAUUGGUUUUGGGGACUUGGUAGCAGGUGUGGAACCAAAUAAAGAAUACCCAACUCUGUACCGUUACUUUGUGGAGGUGUGGAUUUAUCUGGGGUUGGCCUGGCUUUCUUUGUUCUUCAACUGGAAAGUGCGGAUGGUGAUCGAGGCUCACAAGGCGCUGAAGAAGCGCCGGAAGCUGCGCAAGCUAUCUCUGGAUGAGCUUAGGCACUACAAGGAGUCCCACAAGGCUGCCCUCCGUUUGCCGCCCACUCCUAAUGACGUCAACAUCUUCAGCUUCCUGUCCAAGAAGCAGGAAGGCUACAAUGACUUGAUUAAGCAGAUCGGCACCAAGAAAGAUGGCAGAGGCAACAGCAGCAGUGCCAACGCCAUUAAUAAAGCCAAAGAGAUCAAUCGUUCCCAGAGUUGCAAUGAUGCUCCCAUGUUUAAUGGUCACACCAUCCUCAGUCUGGACCGCUCGCCACGCCAAAAGAGACGCUAUAGUUUCAGUGACCGCGUCACUGUUGCUUUCUCAAAGUCCAAGAACUACCUCCUGGGCUCAGAUAAUGGUAUGCUGCUAACAGAGGACCAAGUAGAGGGCGACCUAGAACUUGACCAGGACCAAAUGUUUGAGAACCAGCUUGACAAGGACGUCGAGCUCGAGAACGGAGGAGUGGGAGAUUGUGGAGCAGGUGGUCGAAGGACAUGGGACUCUAAAGAGUACCAUUCCCUAACAUUCCAAAAUGCAAACAUUACUUUUAUAGACGAGGAGAACUUCCUCAGCAAUAACUUAGAGGAGGAAGAUGACGAUGAUGAUGAUUCUAAAGCAAAACUAUCCAUUACUACAUGUGAUGAAAACAUUGAGACAAACUCAAAGGAGGAGCAAAGUUCUGAAUCUGAAGGGUCUGUGUUCACUAGUGACUGUUCAGAGCACAGCCACUCCUACGAGAAACUUGUAGAGGAAUACGCAAAGGAAGAAAAUACAGAAUCUUGAUCUUCUGUUGUUGCCUUUUUGGGAUUAAAGUAUUCUAAUAUGAAUUGUUAGAAUAAUAUUGGAAGUCCCUUUGCACUUCUGGGGCCUGAUAAUGAUAUACUGCAAAGCAAAGAUCAAAUUUCCAAAAGAAUGUUUUGUUCUUAGCUGAGAAAUGAAAAUCCACAUGGUUUUGACUAUUUUUACGAGUUGAGAUUCUUUUAAACUCUUGAACAAAUCUGUCCUAUGUCUCGAUGAUUAUGGACUACAGAGCAUGACACGUAACCCCACGAGUAUUUAACAUCUGCUCUAUUUAUGUCUUUUUAUAAGGUUUGUCAAACUAUAUGCCACAUUUAUUGUAAUGUCCAAACCACAAGUCCUUACUUUUCUACCCAAAAGAAACUAGAAGUGGAGAUGUAUUUGAUUUCCCAUAGUUUCUUCUUUGCAUAUUCACCAUAUUGGUGUUUUUUUUUAAUAUUUAUUAAAAUGAAGGACAUGGUAGCUUUUAUUCACUGGCUACACAGGUUUUCCCAUUGCACAGUUCCACCAAAUGAGGACGGUUCAAAGUCCACUUAAGUGCAGAUUUUCUUUUUAAAAGCUGAGCCAAACAUUUGUCCUUAAAGGAAAUAUGAAGGAGGUUAAGGGCCAAUUCUCCCUCUGUUUUUCUUUGAUAUUUCAUCAGUUUCUUUUUGUAAAGUCCUUGAUAACUUGCUGUGUCUGGGAUUGCUGUUUAUUUUGACUGUAAGCGAUAGAAAUGUGACUGCACUAGAACGUCACUGGUGAUGCAUAGGCAACAUCUGGGUGUCUAGAACCAACUGAGAGUGAACCUGGAAAGAAAAAUAAUUUAUGGCAAAAUCUGAAUAUCCAGAAAGAGACUCCAAACUAAGAUUUCUGUUCCAAGCUUUUUUGACUGCUGUUGACAGUGUUUUGGAAAUGAUCCUCCCAUUGUGACAUACAGUAGACAUCUGUCAGAAUGCAUUCGAGCUGGUUUAUUGAACACACACUUGUGUUUUGCUGCUGACUGCAUGUCAACCUCUGGCUCCUUGGCCCUCAACCAUGGCAGUGCAUAAUGGGAACAACUUUCACAGCAACAGUAUUCACUUUUUGUCUCCUUAGCACCCUUUCACUUCUUUGUAUUUGCCAUGUAAAUAUUGGCUGAAAGCCCAUCAGUAGUCACAAACACACGGCUCUGCUCAGGACAUGGCCUUGCUACUCGUGUUUGCGUUUGGGGGCUCGCGCUGGCAUGAAUGACUGAAGUACCGCUUAUGACAGGCAGCGAAGGUUAACUUGUAACAGAUCAAUGCUCUCUUGACGUAUGUUUCAGUCGUGGGACAUAAAGUCACCAGUAUAGGUGCUCUCAAUUACUGUAUAGUAUUUCCUUCUCGGUUCAUGUGAACACAAAUCCUUAAACUUGAGGGACCAAAAUAUAAAUGUCCUUUUGCUUUUCAGUCUCACUUUUGAAAGGGCCCUCGGUUGCCCUGCUCACCCGCUGCCUUUUGCACACGUUACCUUGCACACAAAAACUUGAAACGGUGUUACUUUGACUAGUAAGAUGGCAGCGUUUGCAGUGUCACACGGGGCUACUCUGAAUUUCGAACCAGUCUCCUCCUUCAAGCCAGUUGGAUAAUAUACUGUAAAUAAGGUCCAAUAUUAGUAGUUUUUUGUAUUUUUGUGAACAUAUGGACCACACCAUCUUAAUUCCUAACACUGCCUUCAAGAUGACUGCUAUUAAGUGAAAAUGCCUUUAAUCCACUGCAGAACAGAGGAUAUACAGUACAAUGGAACAUCUGUUGAAUGUACUUGUUUCACUGAAAAGGUGAAAUCUUUCACACUGGGUGUUUUUUAUUUUCCCCCCCCCUCUCCCGCUGCCUUGUAUUUUGUCACAGGGCCACUACUUUGGUCUAUGUAACAUUCUGCUCUCGCUCUCAUUUUUACCGGUUUUCCUUGAUGUGUUAGUGCAGCAUUGUUAUGCAGCCAUGGUACUCCUCUGGACUGAAUUUUAAGCAUGUCUCUAGAUUAUUAACUAAGAACAGGUUAGCCUGGUUUAACCCAUUGUCCCAAGGUUUCCUCUUAAUGUAGCUCCAUUGUGUAAAAACUCCAGUAUAGUUGUUUUUAGUUGUCUUUUUUAUGAUUAAAUUAUUCAUGUUUGUAAAAGUUUGUAUAUGAAUUCCAAACAAAACUGUAUAUUUCAUGUAAA